CCUUUCUCCAGGCUGACGAGCUGGAGAAGAGGAUUCCUCUCGCGGCGCAGACAAGUGACUGCGCAGAGCUGGAGGAGUUGCAGGAACUGCUGCACUUCCCCGAAGAGGUCGCCCUGCGCUUGGCCGAUACCGAAUACCAACUCUUCUAUCAGGUUCCCCCCAUUGAUUACCUUCGGCAGGUGACAUUAGACCUUGGUGGCACCACCACAGGAACCUCGAGCGACGGUCUACCCGGUAACUCUUCGGCCCGAUCGUCUGUCGCGACCCUCAUCAAACGAUUCAACGAGGUAAGCGCGUGGGUGACCCAGCUGAUAAUAUCGCAGCCUACGCACGAUGCCCGCCGCGCCGUACUGUCCUGCGUCCUGCGGGUGGCCCUAUCCUCGUGGAACAUCGGCAACUUUAACGGAGCCAUGGAGAUUAUCGCCGGCCUCAAAUCGAACAAACUCAAGCCGUUUUGGCUGUCGAUUACGGAGAAGGAGACGCUGCCGGUGCUGGACUUCCUGUCGGCGGCGCUCCUUUCGGCGGAGUACGAUCGUGCCUUAAGUCGCGCGCUGGCGAUGGCCGAAUGCCCGGUGGUGCCAUUCUUCGGCGCCUUUCUGCGCGAGCUCCGCGAUAUCCUCGCGAAUGCGACACACGACGGCGCCCCGGGCACCGCCACCGCCGGCGAACAAAACCCGAUGCAGUCAAAGCCGCCCAAAUCGGGACGGCGUGAUCGCGACCGCGACCGGGAGCGCGAACGGGACCAGGAGCAACAGCAACACAGACAAGUGUUCAUAUCAGAUUACAACGGCGAAGACCAUCACUUCACCAAGAUCGGUCCUGGCGGGCUCAUCAACAUCGAGAAAAUCUAUCGCACGCAGGCGGUGAUGGAUCACAUCUCGCUCUGCCAUCAGCACUACCACACGCGGCAUCGCAUCUCGCCCACGCUGACUUUAAUCGACUAUCUCAAAUCUACUGCGUCUCAUGCGCAUCGGGUUCUGGCAGCCGGCCCACCUGAAAAACGUGAGGUAGACGCCGAGUACGACUUGGACGUGGAAGGGUAUCACCCGGUGCAACCUCUGGUGCAUGACCACGGCGUCAGUUUCGUGUGCCUCUCCUCAGCGCUGACGAAAAUCGACCAGCAUAUCAUCCAGGUAAUGCAACAUGGUGGUACAGCAGUACUAUGGGAGGGUGUCGAGGGACCAUCCCCGCCGGGUGUACGCGGGUCCUUACUCUACCUGCGACUGGACCGAUCGUGCAGUACGCUUAUGUGGGUGCGUCCCAGCUGGAGUGGAUUGAAAGCGGGCAAUGUCUCCGAUGGCGAUCCCUUUACCACCGACUUCAACCUCUCCUACAACCCAGAAGACACCUUGGCGCCUGGCCUGCUCAGUAAGCUGGCGCUGCAGGCGUCCGGGGAGCAAUCGACCGGGACCACUCUAGACGACGGAUUCUUGGAUCUGGUCGCUGUGAAAGAAGUGCAUUUGGGUGGGCGGGAUCCUGAGAAAGAUUUCGAACUGGCACAGAUGGCUCGCAAGUAUGGCUUGUCGCACGAAAAUGGCUCCGAAUGUGCGCUGACCAUUCUUUAUGGUUAUGGGUUGAGCGACAAUCGCCUCCUCUACAUCGUCUGCCCGCCGACGAUCUGCAGGGUUUGGUACAGUGGACUGUGUUGGUUGAUAAGGGGACUGGCGCGCCAGCAGACCCUCUGCGAUCGGCGGCUAUUGUGGCUGAAGGAACAAUACAUGCAACUCUACCACGAGGACGGCUAUUGUUGCGGGCCAUUGGCGGCGGACGCCAUUAGGUCGUUUGGUGGACGUGACUGGUCUCUGGCUGGUUUGGCGCAAAGUUCCCAAACGGGCGCUGAAACAUCAGGGCUGCGACGCGAAGUUUCCAUGAAGAUAAAAAAGAAACAACUCCUCAGCAAUCAAACAUUCAAGGAUAAGAGCCUCAAGACGCAGUUCGUUGAGCCGACCACGAUGGUGAUGGAAAGCAGCUACUGGCGCAAUCCCAAUCAUCAUCGACAGUCAACACCGACGACAUUCCCCGAGCAUCAACCGGAUGUCUCCAGGCAUCAUAGUCUCGGCCAUCUUGCUUACAAUGUCUCCCAGCCCAGUGGCGGUGCCAAAUACGAGAGGGAGCGGCACGGGUCGACCGAACAUUUAUGGCACGGAAGACAUCCGCGCGUCGGCUCCAUUCUCUACGACACUCAAUUAGACUUUGUAGACUUCGUAACGCUUUUUCGUUCGUUUAGCUUAUUGAUUCGAAAAGAUUUGAGGGAUUUGUUUGAGCAAUUAGCGAUAUCCUAUCGAAGCAUGGCUGUGAAUACUCCCAAAGUAAACGGCGUCAGUAAAGUUAAAGUGGAACCAAAGAAAACACAAAAAUUAGGAGUUUUAACUCGUAAUUCCCGUGGAGAAUUAGAUGGCUCUGUGGGCAAUCCUCAGAAAAAAAUCUACGACGCAAUAGCAGCGGCGAGUAUUUUCACCAACUGCGCCGGAAUCGACACGAAUAAUUCGCAGGUGAUCACAAUGUCGACAUUUGCAAAGUUCUUAGAAACGCGACAGAUGGAAGUUUGGACCGACGAUGAUGUCAAAGCGCUGAUCCAAAGACACGAACCCGACGCACAGUUGCGACUGCAGAAUUGUUUGUCUUUUGAAGGAUUCGGCAGGUACUUGAUGGACAAAGAUAAUUAUGCCUUUGCCUACGAACGCGAAGUUCCCAACGAGGUGGACAUGUCGCGACCGAUGUCUACGUACUACAUCAGCUCUUCGCAUAACACUUAUUUAACUGGCCACCAACUUAAAGGAGAAUCUUCGGUGGAACUUUACAGUCAGGUAUUGCUAACGGGCUGCCGAUGUGUCGAACUGGAUUGUUGGGAUGGUGACGACGGGUAUCCGAUGAUUUACCACGGGCAUACAUUCACUACGAAGAUACCCUUCAACGCGGUGGUGGAAUCAAUCGAUAAAAACGCGUUUGUUACGUCCAGUUAUCCAGUGAUACUUUCAAUUGAGAACCACUGUUCACUACAACAGCAAACUCGUAUGGCACACACGUUCCAACGGGUUUUCGGCGAGAAACUAGUAACGAACUUUCUCUUCGAAGGAGACUACAGUGAUGAACCUUUAUUACCAUCUCCAGAACAGUUAAAGAAUCGUAUACUAAUUAAGAACAAAAAACUGAUAAUGGAUGUGCCUGCACCGUUGAUUAAUUACUCCGCCAUGUCAACACCAAUGCGCGCGGGCGGUGGUGGCGUCCGCCAUUCUGUGCCAGGGCGCACCAGUUCAAUCAUCAGCAAUGCAAGCAGCAGCAGUUUCAACGAUGAUUACAGCGACGACGACUACGACGAUGAGGACGAUGAGGAUAAUAUCGACGAGAAAGCAUUGCACAUCAUCACAGACUCUCCGAGGCAAAUGUCCGUCCCACAUGCUGUGGGGAAUAAGAGUACUAGUUCCACCAAACGACCCAACCCUACGGACGAGAAGCUAAAGAAACGCAGCAGUCAGAUAUCCAAAGAGUUAUCCGACCUUGUAAUCUACGUGCAGGCGAUCAAGUUCCGCGGGCUAAACACGAUAAGUCCGAGCAGCUCUGUCAAACAGCGCCAACGCGCUGGUAUGUCCAGUUCAGGGAGUUCUAUCGUCACCACCGCCAGUUCGGCAUCAAAUAUUUCAUCGUCGGGGGCUGGUGGUAACACUGAUAGUGAGAUGACCGCUUUUGAACUGGAGGCAGCCAAGCAACAACGUGCUAACAUCAACCCGCCAUGUUUCCAAUGUUCCUCCAUCAACGAGAAUACAGCUAAGAAGUUGUGUAGGAAGCAACCGCUGGCAUUAGUUGCGCAUACUCAAAGCCAACUCAUGCGGACAUACCCAGCUGGAAUGCGAAUUGAUUCCUCCAACUUUAAUCCGGUUAUUUUUUGGUCUUUUGGGAUACAAAUGGCUGCCCUGAAUUAUCAAACUGAAGAUAAUGCAAUGCAAUUAAACACGGCCAUGUUUGAGAGUAAUGGGAAAUGUGGUUAUGUUGCCAAACCGUCGGUAGUGUGGGAUCGUUCCCAUGUGAUGUACAGACGCUUCAAUCCCUGGGACAAGGAAUUCGAUGGUUUGCACUCGUCCCAAAUGAUUAUCAACAUUGUUUCAGGACAGUAUGUCAGCCAGAACAAUGUGAACCUCAACACAUAUGUGGAGGUGGAGAUAAUUGGCAUUCCAGUAGAUUGCAGCAAACAAAAGACAAAAGUGGUGCAGAAGAACGCCCUGAAUCCUAUUUGGAACGAUACGUUUCACUUUCGUGUAAUGUUCCUCGAGUUGGCCUUUCUGCGCUUCGCUGUGAUGGACUCAACGAGUAACCAUCUUUUAGCACAGCGCAUCCUUCUGAAAUCACUCCGACCUGGAUAUCGGCAUCUCCGGCUACGAUCACCGCAAAACAAAUGCUUAAACAUGUCGACAUUAUUCAUCUACUCGCGAGUCGAAGAGGAGUCACUUGAAAAUUCCGACAACGGAGAUAGUCUGGAACGCGCCCCUGCCACUAUUCCAGAUAAAGAGGACAAGAAUUUGGACAAUAAUUACGUGGGCAUUUCUGGCACGCCAUUAUGCGUAAAAAGACGCAUGUUUUUCUUGAUGGUGUAUGGAGUGAUGGCGGAAGAACCAUAUACGAUAUUGAAGAUCACCCAGGAGAGUACCACACAGGAUGUCCUCGUUCAAGCCCUAGCAAAAGCUGGCCAACCAGCUGAUAAAGUUAAUGAUUACAUUCUGGUCGAAGAAGUUGCACGUGGGUGGGAGAAAAAAGACCAUAACCUACCUGCAACGCAACGAGUAUUAGAUCUUCAUGAAAGACCUUUACAAGCACAGUCACAAUGGAAAGGAGAAGGGCGUUUCCUUCUUAAGAAAAUGGGAGAUGACCCAAGUAGUCGUGCCUGGUUGAGUUCGAUCAGAAGCGUUGCAAAUCGAGAAAGAGAAGCAAGGAAAUCCGAUGGGGGUACUACAAACGCAUGGGAAGAAAACGAUACUUUCCUCGUUUGUAUCUACAAUGUCUCACCGGAAAUCCCCUACGCCAUUUUAAAAGUCCCACUGAACGCAUGCGCGCAGGAUGUUUUAGCGCAAGCAUUAGUGAAGGCACGCCGUAUGGAAGACCCAAUGAAUUUUGUUAUCGUCGAGGAAUUGGAAUGGGGUGGUGCUUCACACAAUCUCCAAUUCCGACCGCUUGCCGACGAUGAAAACAUUUACAGUGCGCAAAGUCAUUGGCAAACAAUUGGACGAUUCAUAAUGCAGGAGCGUGCGAACGCUACACCUCAAUCUCUACGCAAAAACCGGAUCACUUCCAGUUUACGACUGGCGACUCUCGAUCGAAUCAGCCGGGGAUUGAAUGUUGCACGCAGUGUGGCCACCAACAGCAUUAAAGUGCCCGUGCAGGUUGCACUCAGUGAUCCCACCACAUCCAAGUGGAAGAGUAAAACCGGCGAGGAGUCACGCAAAGGCCUUCUGCGCGGUAAAGUCAACUCGGAAAAAGAAACCACCUCGACGAUCCAACAGCCGAAGACGCAGUGUCAUCGCGAAGUGCACUCUGAAGGUGAAACACUCAGCGAUGAAGACCAAAAGGAGUCGGACCUCAUGGCCACCGUUUCCAGGCUGAAGAAAGUGUCGCUGCGCAAGUUCAAAGAGUGGAAAUCAUGAUUGGACUGAAUUUAAUAUUCAACACGUACGAAUACAUAAAAUAAUAAUAUCGAAAUGAACGCGAAUUUAUUAUUUACGAGCUUUAAAACUUGAGUGAUGCAAUUUGUAUAAAGAUACUAACGUUUAAGGAUAAAACACGUAGUCGUACAUAAUAUAUAUUACACAAGCGUAAACCAAAGCGUAGCGAGAGAGAUAUAAAUGUUACUACUGUUAAGGAAUAAUAAGAUUUUAUACAUCUGACAUCUACAAUAACGUUAUCUACUAAAACAUUAACGAUAUACAUAUAAAAUCAUUUGUAAUUAUUGCAUAUAUUAUCGUUUAUUAUGAUUGCGCUAAAAUUCGAAAUUUCGUUAUCUUGUUACGUUAUCCGUCAUUUUAUAAGAUCUCUAGUCAUUAAUAUACACAUAGAAAUAACCAAAUUUAAAAAACUCUUAAAGAAACCUAAACAAAUAAUAACAUGAUAACCGCUCUAUAAAUAAUAAUCAAUACUAAAUAAUAUUUAAAUAAUCCAAAGAAAGAUGCAAGCUAAAAAAGCAAAAGAAUCAUAAACUUAAAAAGAUGAAAUACUUAUGUAAUUGAAAACUUUUAAAUGUCAAUACAAUGUAUUACUUACUAUUACGAUUAUAUAAUGAUGAUGAUCUAUAUCAUAUCGUUAUUUGUAUUAUCAGACAAAUAUUUACAUAACUAUUUAUACAUUUCAAAAGAGCUCUUAAAGUGUAUAUCAGAUUUAUAUUACGUAUAAAUAUGAAGAUAUCAAACCGUUGUCAAGAAAUCUCUAUUUAAUUUUCUUACGGAUGUCUAAACAAACGAUAAAAAAUACAAAUAUCAUUAACACAUUAACAGAAUGAAAACAUAUUACGAUUACGAUAUAAUUAUCACAGAAUACAUAUAAUGAUGAUAUAGUUAAACGCUAGUCUUAGUAGUAUUGUCACACAAACUCAGUCGAUUCAUAUUGAUCAAUUAGACCGUUGUCAGAAAUAUUAAUGUCUAGAUAAUUCUAAGCGUGUGCGACAUUGUAGCGGCAACGAGUUUCUUUAAUAUUUGAUGAUGGCGAAUGGGUGGCAUAUAGAUGACGCGUGAAUUGUCUAGAUUUUGAUGUGAUUUUUCAAUUGAAUUUCGAUGUCAAGCGCGAUGCAAUGGAACGAACCAGUGACACAAUGAUAAAAAGUAUAAAUAUUUAUUAUUCAGUUGAAUAUACCGAUAUCUGCAUUAAGUUUUCUAUCUGUACGUUUUGUUUGGCGAAAUAAUUACGACUGCGACAUAGUUCUAUAUAUCCAGUUCUAGUGGAUUGACGAGUAUGUUAAUUGGCGGUGAAUUAUUUAUAUUUAUUGACUUCUAAUUGUAGAUUUGUUUGUUUUUGGAGCAAUUACGGCUAUAUUUAAUGCGUUUUGAAUGUGAACACAUUUAUAUUUGAAAUUUGAGAUAUAUUGUUACGACAGAAUGAGUGAUCGCAUGAUAAAUAAUCUAUUUACAACAACAAGAUAAUACUUAAUUGAUGUUAUUUAAUGAGAAUACAAUAUAUAAUAUUUGUUAAUAUUAUCGUUUACUAAAGACAUUCUAAUA